AUGAAUAUUAAAAAAGAAGAAUCAUUAGUUUAUCCACAAGGUUCAUAUUCCAGUGAAUGUAAUUAUUGUGGUGAAAGCGAAAAUGGUAGAAUUUGUUUUGGUAUGACCUGUUACCAGCUUACAGUUGAAGACUAUCAGAGUCUUAUUGACAUUGGGUGGCGCCGUUCAGGUACAUUUUUAUAUAAACCUGACAAUCCUAAUGGUUGUUGUCCGCAGUAUACAAUUAGAUUAGAGGCUCUUAAUUUCAGGCCCUCAAAAGAUAAUAUCAAAACAAAAAAGAAAUUUCAAAACUAUAUUGCAUUUGACGAGAAGCCAAACAAAACCAAGAUUAUAAAUGAACACAAUCAAAUGGAUGAAGAUGAUAACAGACCCUCAAAAACCACCCAACCCUCCACUUCUACUUCUACAACAUCCACCUCUACAACCUCUAACCCCACACUAUCUAAAAGCCCAACUUUACCAAAUAUAAUUUACGAUCUAAACAAAUUUAUUAUCGAAAUUUUGCAUAAAUUUGAAUUUGCAUCAAACUCAUUCAGUGAUAUAAAUAGUAAAAAAACAAUUGAAAAUAAUUUAAAAAUUAAAAUCAAUGCAAAAAAGUCCAUUAAAGAAAAAGGAAACUAUUCAAUUUCAUUUGGUAUAUUUAAUAAAUUUAAAAAAGAAUUAGAAGAAUCAUUAAUUUCAAUUGAUCAAAUAAUUGACUUUAUUUUAAACUAUUAUAGUAAUGAUAAAAACCAAUUUAUUGAACAAUUUAAAUUAACUCUAGGUGAAAAUAAUCAUAUAAAUAUUAUAGACCUCAAGAAUACAGAUAAUCAUAUAACAUCUCAUAAUAACAGUAAUAAUAGUAAUAGUAACAGUAAUAAUAAAACAUCGAAAUUAAAAAAUAUAGAUCCAAGUAAAGUUACACCAAAGCAUAAAUUUGAAGUUACAAUUCAUAAGCCACAAUGUACAGACGAAGUUUUUAAUUUAUAUUGUAAAUAUCAAACAAUUAUUCAUAAAGAAACUGAUAAGAAAACAAAAUCAGGCUUUUCCAGAUUUUUAGUAGAUACACCAUUAAUUGAAGUUCCCCAUGCAGAAGGUACCGAUGAUGAAGAAUCAAAUAAUGAUGAAGCAAAAGAGAGGGAAGAUGAAACAAGAUAUUUAAAAACUAAAAAGUUUGGAAAUAUUAAAGUUCCAAAGCCAGGGUAUGGUAGCUACCAUCAAUAUUACAGAAUUGACGGUAAAUUAGUUGCAGUUGGUGUUAUUGAUAUACUUCCGCUAUGUCUUUCAAGUGUAUAUUUCUUCUAUGAUCCAGAUUACAACUUUCUUAACCUUGGUAAAUACUCUUCACUAUUAGAAAUCGAUUGGGUAAGAAGAUGUGCAACUGUUGAAGGUAUAUCACAACUAAAAUACUAUUAUAUGGGUUACUAUAUUCACACCUGUCAAAAAAUGAAAUAUAAAGGCAAAUAUCAACCAUCGCAAUUACUUUGCAGCGAAAAUAAUGUUUGGGUAGAAUUUAAUAAAGCAAUUUCAAAACUAAAAGAUAAAAGAUACUCCAAGUUUUAUUUUGAAAACGAAGAACAAGAACAGGAACAAGUAGAAACUAAAGGGAAAUCAAACGAAAAAACUAAAACAUUUUACGAGAAAGAUAAUAGCUUAUUGGAUUCAACUAGAUUCAAACAGGGUAAUAUGUAUUUCAAAUACUCUGAAAUAACCCCAAGAUUCCAAAAAAUGUUAAAAGACCAUGUGAUAGAGUAUAUCAAUCACGUUGGUGAACUAUCAAAAGAUUUAAUUUUUACUUUAAAAUAA